CUUUCAAAGAAUUAGUACCGGAGUGGUAUAAUGAACAGACAUGCCGGCCCAACACCGGGCCCGUAAGCCCAUCCGGUAUAUCGAGAAGCCUGCAUCGAGCCGGUUGUCUUCUCAAACCCAAUCCAAACUUUCCCCCGAAAGAAAAUGAGAAAAAUAAGGAACGAUCAAUGGCGACUCAGCUGCUGCAGUUUUCGCCGUGUCGUUUACAGGCAGCUUCUCUCACUCGCCGCCACUUUCUCCACUCCUCUACAUCAAAACCUCCGGCUGCCAAUCUCCAUCUUCUCCCCCUCCGCCCCUCUCUCCGAUCGAAGUCAAUGAGCACCGCUACAACUCCGGAGAUGGCGGAUUCAGAUCCGGCGAAGAACGCCGGCGGCGGCGGCGACGAGGAAGUGAUAGUCCAGUACGUGGUGCUGCGGCGAGACCUGAUCGAUACGUGGCCGAUGGGAAGCGUGGUGACGCAGGGAUGCCAUGCCGCCGUGGCGGCCAUCUGGUCAAACAGGGACGACGCCGAAACUGUCCGAUACUGCGGGCCGGAGAACAUCGAUUCUAUGCACAAGGUGACGUUGGAGGUGAAAGGGGAAACGCAGAUGUUGAAUCUGGCGGAGAAGCUGAAGGUUGGAGGGAUUGCUUUCAAGCUGUGGAUCGAACAGCCUGAGAACAUUCCCACCUGCAUUGCUACCAAGCCUUACCCUAAAUCCCAGGUGGCUUCGUUUUUCAAGAAGCUCAAGCUCUGCAAGUGAAGCGAGGAUGGAAUUUUUUUUGUUACAUUUUCGGCGACAUCAAUGCAAUGGCAGAUACAAAUUCCGAGUUGUGGAUUGAUUCAGAUUUCAGACUAGUCGUGCUCAUUCUGGAAGAAUACGACACAUUUGCAAUGCGAUUCUCUUGCAACGGUGAGGUAGGGACUGGUUUGGGCUUCGGACGAACGUUUAGCUGGUCGAUAUGCUCUUCGGCUUCCUCAAGUUCGAGCUCUGAGUGGUCUCUGCUCUCUGGUUUUCUUUUUGAUGAUACAUUAGCAACCAGGGUAACCACAGCUCAUCAAGAUCAACUGCCAAAGAAUUAUCGAAUGG